AUGCCUUUGAAUGCCUUCUGUUCAAAAGCUUCCAAAAACAACAAGGAAACGGAAAAGGGGAGAGUCAGUUGUGAAGCAAUGUACAUGCAUGAAACCGGACUGUGCCAAAAAGGUGGAUUUGGAAGGUGGAUUUGGGAGGUGGAUUUGGGAGGUGGUUUUGGAAGGUGGAUUUGGGAGGUGGAUUUGGGAGGUGGAUUUGGAAGGUGGAUUUGGGAGGUGGAUUUGGGAGGUGGUUUUGGAAGGUGGAUUUGGGAGGUGGAUUUUGGAAGGUGGAUUUGGGAGGUGGUUUUGGAAGGUGGAUUUGGGAGGUGGUUUUGGAAGUUGGAUUUGGGAGCUGGAUUUGGAAGGUGGAUUUGGAAGGUGGGUUUGGAAGGUGUAUUUGGAAGGUGGACUUGGAAGUUGGAUUUAGAAGUUGGAUUUGGAAGGUGGUUUUGGAAGGUGGAUUUGGAAGGUGGAUUUGGAAGUUGGAUUUGGAAGGUGGACUUGGAAGGUGGAUUUGGAAGGUGGAUUUGGAAGGUGGAUUUGGAAGGUGGACUUGGAAGUUGGAUUUGGAAGGUGGUUUUGGGAGAUGGAUUUGGAAGUUGGAUUUGGAAGGUGGAUUUGGAAGGUGGAUUUGGAAGUUGGAUUUGGAAGGUGGAUUUGAAAGGUGGACUUGGAAGUUGGAUUUGGGAGGUGGUUUUGGAAGGUGGAUUUGAAAGGUGGAUUUGGAAGGUGGAUUUGGGAGGUGGUUUUGGAAGGUGGAUUUGGGAGGUGGAUUUGGAAGGUGGAUUUGGAAGGUGGUUUUGGAAGGUGGAUUUGGAAGUUGGAUUUGGAAGGGGAAUUUGGAAGGUGGACUUGGAAGGUGGAUUUUGA